AUGGACGAUAGUUUUAAUCAAACUUAGCCAAAAAAGAAGACAUUCUACAUUAGAAGGAGGGCAGACGACUCAUAAAAAUAAUCUAAGCUCUUUCCGUCAGUCCAAGGACCAAUAUCUUAAUAUCCUAGUAUACCCAUUUCUAAGAUUAUGCUAAAGAAGCCUACUUCAGGUGUGCCAUCCUAGAUUAGUAGAGGUUAAGAUAAAUAGGAUCCACGAGUCAGUACACCCAAGGGACCAGUCAGCAGAAUUUCUGAAUUAGAUGAGGAGGAGAAGAAGAAUGAAGUAGAGGGUCCUUAGUUGAAAAUGAAGAAAGAGCAUAUAUCAUUUUUGGUUAAAACUGAAAACAGUCGGUUAUAGAUAAUGUAGUUGUUUCAAAUAAUGGAAGUGCGGCUAUUUAUUAUGAGUGGAAGCGAAUUGAGAGGUGGUAAGGAAGAGAGGUUCUUUUGUCAUCAUGAUUAAAAUGUUAUCAAACCAGGAGAAAGAAUUAAAUUUGUGUUUAGUUUUCUGUCCAAACAAGCAGGUGUUUUUAAUGAGGAAUGGGAAUUGAAAUGUGAGCCUCCAUGUUUGACUUAAUUACCUAAUUUGAAAUUGACAGGCAUUGCAUUUAUAGAUGAUGAAUUAACAAAUGGAAGAAAAGAAUUUCAGAAAUAAGUGAAAAACAAAUUUGCAUUGAAAAUAGCCACUGAAAUAGUUGAUGAUAUAUUUGAAGAAGUCAAAACACCACCUCCACCUAAACCAGAUCUAAGUGAUCCUGAAUAAUUUAAAAUAGAAUUUGAAGAACUCAAUUUGGGUGAAUAAUUAUGGUUUACUCAUGAAAUUAUGAACUUCUUUAAUUUCUCCUCAGAUGAAAUAUGUUAAGUAUUGAAAUAAGAUAUACCUUGGAAUGGAGAUGUUAAAUUGCUAAGAUAAUCAUGUCAUACUAUAGAUGAAGAAGAGGUUAAAGAUUUGGUAUUACGUAAAUUGGAAUUGUGGGUUAAGUUGGCAAAGAAAGUACCAAUCUCUAGAAAUCCUAUUUACAGUGUAGUCAAGGAUUUAUUAGGGGAUGUGGCUAAUUAAGUUCCUCAAUUAUCCGAGGAUAUGCGUAAGGAAUUGCAAAUGUGGGAAUAUACUUUUCAUGAACCUGAGGAUUUGACACCAGAAAAGGCUAAAGCUAAAUUGGAUGAAUUCAAUAAAAAUGAAAGCAAAUUGGUUGAAGAAUGCCCAAAAAAGAAGAAAUGGAAUGAUGAUAUGGAAAAGGAAUUGAUUGAGGAGUAUAAAACUAAAUUGGGAGCUAAAGUGGCUGAUGCAUUGGCAUAAGCAGCUAUCAAAUUAGAAAAUGAUGGACAAUUAUUAUAAGUAGGAGCAAUGAUGAAACCAGAAUUAAAAUGGAAUGUGUUUAGAAGGAGAAGAUAUUAAUCUACUUACUUUUAUGAUCUUCUUAGAAAGAAAACAAUUUAAGAUUCAGAUAUUGAAGGAAAAAAAAUUGGAUUAAAGAUCCAUCUAAAAUUAGCUAAUAGACCAGAUGUUUAUGAACUCAAAGAAAAGUUUGAAUAAACAUUACUCAAAGAAUAAGAAGAGGAGAAUAAGAGGUUGGAAGAAGAAAGGUUGGAAAAGGAAAGAUUGGCUUAAGAAGCAGCAAAGAAAAAAGGCAAAGGUAAACCAGUCAAAUAAAAAGAAGUUGAAGUUGUAUAAGUCUAAUAAAAGAACUAUGAUCUAAGUCAUCUAGAUUAAGCAACACUUUAAGAAUGUGUUGACACUAUCAAACUAUUGAUGGAAAGAUAAGCCAAGAUUGUUUAUAAGUUUACAUCCUCAACUAAAUUCUUUUACGAAUGGUUAAAGACUCACGUUGAGUGUCCUGUCUAUUUUAAUGAUGCUAUUAUUGAAAAUUUGGAUGAACAAUUAGAAACUCAAACCUAUUAAGAAAAUAGCGUUUUAGUAUUAGAGAAUCUAUUCUUCUAUCCAGAUGAGGUUGGCUACCCUGAAGAAGAACCUGAUAUUGAAUCCAAAACUCCUUACAGAACUCUAUUACCUUAUGGAAAUAUUUAUAUCAUUGGAGAUAGAGUGAAUUUCUUCUCAAGAUUCUAUCCUUCAAUCAUUCAUAUGAAUGCAGAUUAAACUAUUCUAUCCUCAGCCAUUGCCAAAGAUAUUCAUAUAUUAUGUCACAAUCUCAUGGGAUGUUAAGAUCGAAAUGGAACUCUAAUUCUGGGAGGAGAUCUGACUGGUGAUAAGUUAUUAACAAUUGAUUAGUUGUCCGGACAUCUAUCAUCUAUAGUCUUGUUAGGUAAAUUGGGAUUAGCAUUCUAUUUAACAAUGUAUGAGAUACCAAGUGAUCUUGUGUCAGAAGCUGUGAGAGAUGUUAUCAAAAAUCUACUUAAUGUUUUGAGAGAUGAAUCAACUGAAAAGCCUCCUCAAAGAUUGACUCGAAUUUAGUCAUCUCCAAGAACAACCAAAACCAAAGGCAAGAUUAUCUAAUUACAACAUUUCCUGAAGGGUAUGAUCCUGCCAAUUAAGAGCAUGUAUAGAUUGUUACUACAAGCAUUGCACCUUUUGUUCCUGAAGGCAAUAUACAACUUGAAGAGGGAAAAAUACUUUUAGAUUAUGGACCUAAGACUAUUGAAAUUGUUAAAUAAGAAAUCUAAAAUGCCCAAAGAUUGUUUUGGAUAGAUGAUGCUAACCUUGGAUUAUACAACAUCUAAAACUAUUGCUCUACUCAAGAAAUUAAGAGAAGAAGAGGCUGAAAGAGAAAGAGAGAGAUUAGAAAAGUUAAAAGAAAAGAAAGGGGGAAAAGGAAAUAAGAAAGGUCUCAAAGAAGAACCCCCCAAAGAGCCUAUUAAUAUUAAAACUACUAAGGAAAUUAAUGUUCCAGUCUUCAAUCUCACAAAUACAGACCUAGGAUUCUUCAUUUAUGAGAUGAAUCAAGAAAAGAAAGAUCGACAUUAACAUGCACAAAAAUAAGGCCAUUAAGUUCCUUAUGAUUUCAAUUAAGACUGUGUAGUCACUAUCAUUGGUGAAAAUUUGGAAAAAGUACUCAAUCAAGAAGAUUUUCAAAAUAUAGGAAAUGAGGAAGAGAUUGAACAAGCACCAGAACCCAGUUAAAAAGGAUCUUAAUUUCCUCAGAGUGAAGCAGGAGAAGAUUAGAAAGAAUAGGAAGAAGAAUAAAUUGAAGAUGGAAAAGGUCAAAAUAAAUUAACUGAUUUCUAUAUAUAGGAUCAGGACUUUACUCUUUCAUUUCUUGCUGGAAAUCAAAUUCAUAUCCAAACACUCGAUGAGUACCCACCAAAACCAGAAUCUGAAAUUAAUGAGGAGUAGUAUUUUGAAGAAGAUAGUACUCCUUGA